CAAUACUAGUUGGUCUUUGUUUUGAAUCGUGACGCAUGACUGUAAAUGAGAAAAGGUUGCGACUGCAGGGAAACUAGUUGCUGACAGACGAGUCUAACCCUAUGUCGAUCGCAAGUUCACGUGACGACGACGUCCUUGAUGUUCUAGUUGUUGGUGCUGGAAUAUCUGGUCUUUCAGCCGCUCGCAAGCUUGUCAGUUCAAGAGUUUGCCAAAUUGCUGUAGUGGAAGCUAAAGAUCGAAUUGGUGGCAGAACUGAAACAGUAAGGCUUGAAGCUAAAGAUGGAAAGGCAGGCGUUUGGGACCUUGGAGGACAAUGGGUUUGCAGAACUCAAACAGAUGUGUUAGAAUUAUUGGCUGAGUUUGGAAUUGAGACUUACAAACAGCACACAGAUGGUAUCAAUGUGUUAUUGCUCAAUGUGGGGGAUAAAUUCCUGUUUAAUGGUGUGACCCCACCCCUACCAUGGUUGAGUCUCAUUGAUACAGAAAAUUGCAUUAGGAAGAUUGACCAGGCAGCAGCCACAGUGCCUGUUGAUGAUCCUUUGAAAUGUCGUGAUGCUUAUGACUGGGAUCGAAUGACACUAGAGGAUUUCUUCAGAUUGCACAUCUGGACAGAACCUGCAGCAGAGCUUCAUGCACUUGUAGCUCGUCUAGCUAUGGGCACUGAGCCUAGUCGGAUGUCACUGCUGUAUUAUCUUCAUUUCUGUAAUGCAGCUGGUGGUCUAUUGAAAUUAGCAGAAACAACAGAAGGGUCAGCACAGGAGUGGAAGAUCAAGGGAUCAACAGCUUCUCUUGUACAAUGUCUUGUGGAUGCUGUGGGUAGAGACAGAGUAUUUUGUGAUCUGCCAGUAACACAUAUUACUCAGACUGAUGAUGUUGUGACAGUUCAAACAUUAGCUGGGCAAACCUUCAGAGCCAAGAAGAUCAUAUUAGCCAUUCCACCUCAACAAAUAUCAAGAAUUACAAUUGAUCCACCUCUCCCCACCAGAUAUCAAUACCUUUCGCAACAUAUGCCAGUUGGCCAUCUGUCAAAAUUUGUGGCAACUUAUACGACACCAUUCUGGCGUAAUCGUGGAUACUCAGGGAAUGUUAGCUCUUCUUCAGCUCUCUCAGACAGAGUAAAACAAAUGGCUGUUGCAGAAGGCAUCUCCUUGGAUGGCUGCAUCACGUAUAGCCCAGUCUGCUGUGUUUGGGAUGCCACUACUCACGACGGUCUUCCUGCACUAGUGGGUUUACAGGGAGGAAAGGUGGCUACUCAAUGGAGCUGCCAACCGUUAGAAUUUCACAAGAAGGUAAUUUUAAAAGAGCUGAAGUAUCUACUUGGUGAUGAGGCUGAUGACCCAGUCGACUUUGCUCUACGGGACUGGUCAACUGUGCCAUGGAACGGGGGAUGUCCAAUUUCUUAUCUGACUCCAGGUGCAAUGACAGGCUUUGGAGGGUACAAGACCCUGAGAAAACCAUGGCAUCAUAUCCACUUUGCCGGUACAGAGUUGGCAACUGUAUGGUGUGGCUACAUGAGUGGUGCUGUACAAUCUGGCCAUCGAGCAGCUGCCGAAGUCUUGCACAACCUACGUCCUGAUCAGUUUCCUGCAUUAGGAGAUAGUGAAUCAUCUGAGGAACCUAAAGAAGGUCACAAACCAAAGAAACAGAUAUCUCUACUGUAUUUCCUGCUGGUGGCAGGUACAUUAGCUCUUGGAUUGUAUGCAAGUCAAAGAUUCCGUUCGUUGUGA